GACCUGGAAGGACAAUCAGAUCACCAGCAUUGCCGAAAAUGCUUUCGCAGACUUGCCUUUGCUCCAGUACUUAUCUCUGCGAAUCAACCAGCUCACCAGCAUUCCUGCGUUGACACACCUGACUGCGCUGGCACAAAUAACGCUGUCUCGGAACCAGAUCACCAGCAUUUCUUCCUCUGUAUUUACAGGCCUGAGCGCACUGACCAACUUAUAUCUUCAACAGAAUCAGAUCACCAGCAUUUCUGCAAACGCAUUCACAGGCCUGACUGCGCUGGGCAACCUAUACUUGUCCAACAACCUGAUCACCAGCAUUCCAGCCAACGCGUUCACAGGCCUGACUGCGCUGACUUCCGUGCCUUUGAACAACAAUGCAUACACCACGUUGCCGCCUGGUCUGUUCAAGGGCUUGCCAAACGGCUUGUCUUUGUCGCAGUCAAAUCUCUACCUGAGCCCCAACAACUUUACCUUUAAUGGCAACAUUGUCGCUCCGCCCAGCACAUACGGCAGUGCAUCCGUACCGUACCCCUGUGCCACCUGCUACGCCUCUGGGUCCGGUUCGUGUUGCGGAGCCAACUGUCUGACAUGUACUUCAUCCGAUCCCUGCACUCAGUGCUAUGACGGCUAUGUGAUGAUGAGCGGCUUCUGCCUUGCAUCUGCUGCGACCAACGCAUCAAUUGCGUCCAUCGCUUCAGUCGUGUCCACCCAAUCUGCCUCGGCCGCCUCGCUCGCAUCCAUCGCCUCUGGCUUGGCUUCUUCGGUCGCGUCGGCUGCGACACAAGCGUCCAUCGCCUCAGUCGCGUCCUCGCGAUCUGCCUCGGCUGCCUCGGCUGCCUCGGUUGCUUCCACUGGAUCUGCAUCGGUUGCGUCCGUCGCCUCGGUCGCAUCGGCGCAGUCUGCUUCGCUUGCCUCCGUUGUCACGGCUGCCUCAGCGGCUUCGGCCUCGAUUGCGUCUCUUGUUUCCGCUUCCUCGGCAUCAUUUGCUUCCGUCGCAGCGGCGUCUUCAGCGUCAAUUGCAUCGCAAGCAUCCGCGUCAGCCGCCAGCGCCUCGUCUGUUUGGCAGACAUCUGCGGCAUCUGCGGCGUCCAACGCUCCCGCCAAACCAAAUGAUGCUUCAUCCUCUUUGCCGAUUAUUCUUGGAGUCAUUUUUGGCGUGCUGGCUCUCCUACUGCUGGUUGCGCUGGUUGUGGCCCUUCGGCGUCGUCGCUCGUCAACUGCGUUGGCAACCACCAGCUCGGCCACCAAGCUUCGCGAGAGUGCGGAGCCGACUUCCAAGUCUGCUGGUGCUGCGGCAAACGUUGCGAACCCCACCUAUGAAACCUUGUCUGCGACUGGCGACCACGCCUUGUACGAGCCUGUUGGAUCAACGCCCCAGGCCUCUGUGGGUUUGUCGGACGUGCAGUAUGCCGAAACGUCCGUGCCCAACGCCUCGUCAGUUCGUGUCCCGCCCGCAUCUUCCCCGACUACUUACGCGACCAUCGAUGUCGCAUCUUCCACGCAGCCCGGGCAUGUCGAUUCCGCGUAA